AUUGUCUACACCUUUUAGGAUUUUGAAUGUUUGAAUCAGAUCGCCGCGUAGUCUUCUUUGUUCAAGACUGAAUAGAUUCAAUUAUUUUAGCCUGUCUGCAUAUGACAUGCCUUUUAAACCCGGGAUAAUUCUGGUUGCUCUUCUUUGCACUCUUUCGAGAGCAGCAAUAUCCUUUUUGUAACAAAGUGACCAGAAUUGAACACAAUAUUCAAGAGUCACAACUUCCUCUCUAGCUCACUUCUCUACAGCACUAGCAAUGGAGAUGGACAGCAUUUAUACUGGGCUGCAGAAUCCCUCGGAGGACGUCUACUCCACAGUAAACACACCCCAGGGCAAGAGAGCAGGAGCAGAACAGGAUUACCCCACCCCGCCUGUGAGUGCUGCUGGCAAAGCCUCUUCAUACAGACGACCUGUACUGGUCCUCCUCAUCCUGUGCUGUCUCUUACUGGCUGCCAUCAUCUCCCUCGCUGUCUAUCAUUUCAAAACUAAAGAAGACCCUGAGAAAUACACUACAUUACUGAAUCAGCUCCAGGACUUGAGCAGUGACUACAGCAACCUCAACAAGAAUCAUUCUGAAUUGAAAAAGAGCAAUACUGAGCUUUCUGUCAAAUCAUCAAUCUUGGAUAAAUACUGUCCUCUCAAAGAAGGCUCUUCAAAGGAGCGAGGUUGUUGUCCAGAGAAGUGGGUACCGUUCAAUGGAAAGUGCUACAACUUCUCACCUGAUACAAUGGACUGGCACUCCAGCCGGGCUAGCUGUGUGUCAAUGGGAGCAGACCUGGUGAUUAUAGAGGGCGAGGCAGAGCAGAGAUUCUUAUUGAAUGAAGCUAAAGCCCAUCCAGGGAAUCGCUACUGGAUUGGCCUGACUGAUGCUGUUACUGAAGGAGUCUGGCUCUGGGUGGACGACACUCCUCUCAAUGACAAGGCAAAAUACUGGCACGGUAAGGAGCCUGAUGACUAUAAGGAAGGUGUGGACUCGUCCGGGCAGGAUUGUGCAGAACUUAUGUACAUGUCAGUUCCAGAUCCCCUCAAAGCCUGGUCUGAUCAAUCGUGCACACAGCUAAAAAUCAGAAGGAUUUGUGAAUCCAUGGCAGUGAAUAUAUAAAACCAAUGUGGGUCUGUUUCACUUUAUCUCUUUAUUUAGAAAGCAAACACGCUACAAAAUGAAUCCCACAAGUUACAUUUCAGUUUAUAAACUAUGGUAUCCAAGUAUUUGUAUGAAAUAUAUAAAAAAUACACAUAAAAAAAUCAAACCAUAGCUUUUAUAAAGAGUUUGUUGAUUCAAAUGGCAAUAUUAUAUAUAUAUAUAUAUAUAUAUAUAUAUAUAUAUAUAUAUAUAUAUAUAUAUAUAUAUAUAUAUAAAUUCCCCUGACGUUUGCAAUCAUUUAUAAAAACAGAUAUAGAGAACAAAAUUUGGGGAUGCACAAUCAUUUUUAAUGAAAUACAAUAAUUUUGAGGCUCCAAUAUGAUAUCUUCAUUUUUUAGGUCUGGCAACACUGUUAGGGAGCACUUUGCAUGGAGGGGAUGGGAUGGGAAUGCAGAGUUAGGGUCAGUGUUGCCAGAUCUGAAAAAUGAAAAUAUCAUAUUGGAGCCUCUAAAUUAAAUUAGUUCAUGAAAAAUUAUCUUACAUGCCCAAAAUUUAAGAACACGCAAAUGUAAACUUUUUUUUUUCGUCCUUAAUUGGAUCAUAUUGCUGUAAAUAGUUGUUAACCUUGAGUUUAUGUACGAAAAAUGAAUGUGUGCAAAGUGAAGAAUGUAAAAAUCAUAUUUGUAUAAUGCCAAAUGCAGUUAGCUAGAAUUAUUGUGGAGUGGUCUAAAUGUAGUAUUUUAAGAUCUAUAUGAUAUAAAUAUAGGCUAUACAUAAUAGGAAAGAAAAUUAUAAUAAAUGGGCUUCAACAUGUUUGCAGCCUAAAUCACGGACAACACGCCCCACAUGUCGACCUGUUCCUAUCCAAAUUUAAAUAACUUUAGCAUAACAGAGGCAGAAGUGUUAAAGAGACUAGGAGCUCUUGAAAUAAACAAAUCCCCUGGGCCGGAUGAGAUCAUCCAAUAGUACUCAAAGAAAUUGAAGAAGUUAUUUAAAAAACGCUAACUAAGAUCAUGCAACAGUCUCAUGAGACAGCGGUUGUACCGACAGACUGGAGAAUUGCAAACAUAAUAAUGAUCAAUAAUUAUUUGUAAUGAAGUAUAACUACCAUAGCUAUAAAAAGGUACUAUAUCUAUGAUAACUACUAAUAGGGCAGCAGUGUGGAGUAGUGGUUAGGGCUCUGGACUCCUGACCGGAGGAUUGUGGGUUCAAUCCCAGGUGGGGGCACUGCUGCUGUACCCUUGAGCAAGGUACUCUACCUAGAUUGCCCCAUUUUUAUAGUUCAAGAAAACUCCAUAUCCCAUAUGGCACUGCGCUGGUCACAUUAAGGUCACAAACGCAUUAGCUGCUGUUUACAGUUAAACAGUGAUCAUGAGCAAAUUAAAAAAAAAAUGUUUAAUCAAACUUGAUGUAGUCAGAUGCUUGCGAUGCAAAUAAUGUAGUGCCAGGUAGCAGUACAACUGUUGAGACUUAAACCGACAGCACAGAGCCACAUGCGAAUGCAACUUAUUGCAAUUAUACAGUAGUAUGCAAAAAGCCUUUUGAGUACACGCGGCUGUAAAGUAAGAGCAUUAUUAAAUGUGAAAAGAAAACAUUCAUGGUAAGCUUGUCUUCUAUCAUUAUUUACACUGUGCUCUGCUUUGCGUGUUAACUUUAUUCCUGGUAUGUGUGGUUUACAUACAAAGCUUAACAUGACCAUUGGAAUAGUCCAAUCAAUUAUAUGUUUUUAUACUAAUAUUGCAAAUCAGUUUUUACAGCAGUUCUUUGAUGCAUUUGUAAAGUAUUGUUCCCUUCAACUUUUUGUUUUAUUAUUAUUACUCCACAUCGUUGCACAGACUCCACAUAAGUAAACAGAAAAUUCAAACACUCUGUCUAUUAAUGAGAAGUCUAUGUAUAAGUGUAAAAUAUAUUUAAAAUGUGAUCAUACUUGGAAAUGUUUGCUUUAAUAAUAGAGCAUGUUGCAAAUACUAAGAUGGUCUGCAAAACUAAAACUUACACAGAGAAACCUACAAUGGAAAUAAGGAUGUACUUUCCAUAUUAUAUAUAUAUAUAUAUAUAUAUAUAUAUAUAUAUAUAUAUAUAUAUAUACUGUAUAUAUACACACACACACACACACACACAUCUAUGUGUGACUUCCAAUACAGAGAUGACCAUUCUGUGGCAACCUACAUACAUGUUCAAGGCGUGUCCAUUUCUGCUAAACCAACAAAAAAACUGCUGUAAACAUGAAUCUCUUCAGCUAAAAAUCAACAAAACAAACCCCAUGACUGACACUAUGUUACGUGCUUUCAAUGAUCUCAUUACUAUGCCACACAUGCAUCACGUUUAUUUUCCAGCAUAUUAAACACGAGUAUGGCUUUUGUCAACAAAAUAAAUAAAUAAUAGCUCAAAGGGUUUCAAACAAAGGUUAAUGUUUGUAUGCUUGAAAAAGAAAAGUACAGAAGAAAUACAUUGUGUCACUUCACAUGUGUUCAUAUUCGAAUUGUUCUGAUUAUCUUUUCCAAUUCACAUGUCAAUGUUUUAGUCACAAACAGCAGUGAUCUUUCUUAACUUCUAAAGCAGUGGUUUACAACCCUGCUCAUGGGGACCCCUUGUGUCUGCUGCGUUUUCUUCCAACUGAGCUCUCAGUUACUUAAAUGAAGACUCAAUUGAACUAACAAUUUGGUUAAUCACAUUUUUAAACUAUUCUUCAGCUUAUAAGAAGUUGGAGAUUUCAAGUUCUAUUCAAUUUCAUACAGAACUUGAAAUCUCCAUCUCUUUCAAAUCAUUCAACAGCUUUGAUUAGGCCAAUUGUUAGUUUAAUUGAGUGUUCAAUAAAGAAAUUGAGUUGGAAAAAAGUAACAGCAGACACAGGGGGGUCCCAGGACCAGAUCUGAGAUCUUGUGACUGUGUCUGUGUUUUUUGUGUGUUUAACUGUGUCUAUUAUUUCGAGACUCCACUGCCAGCCCUCCAUUUCUUUACUGUUGUCAUCAGACUUUGGAUUAUAAAUACACCUCCAUUUCACCA